CGACCUUCCGGGCCUCCGAGAAAGGAUCGGGCUCCACUCGUGGGCGAGGAAUGUACGGACGACUGGGACCUCAGAUUCACGACGUCCAAGGCCGAAAAGCUUCAGUCCGAACCGAGGCGGCACAGCGAUUGCCAUCACCACACCACCUAGUUCUUCAUAGCGAAAGCACAGCCAAAAUGGGAGGCGGUCCUAAGGUUCCCUACCCCAAGCACGUCUGGUCGCCGGCCGGUGGUUGGUAUGCCCAGCCCGCGAACUGGAAGCGCAACACCGCCGUCAUCGGCGCCGUCAUGGCUGGCGUCGUCGCCGUCCUCUGGAAGAUUAGCGCCGAGAAGGAGGUGCGCUACGUGAUGCCUCAGGAGGGCCGGUUCUUCCCCAGCAGAUACUGGUCGAAGCAGUUGAUCGAGUACGACAGAGAACAGGCCGCGAGGAAGGCCAAGGAUACGGCGCAGGCGGAGGCAGUUCAGAACUCAUAAACGACUCAGACGGUCGAUCAAAAUUUGUACAAUGUAAAUACGGUACCCGAGGAAUUGAGCGCCGCGCGGUCGCGGCAGUUGUGAAC